UAAAAAAAUAUUAACCUUACUUGAGUUUUGACAAAAAAUGACAGAACUUACCAUUCUAUUUCUAAGACACCUAUACUACCACCAUCAAAUAACCGUUAAACACAAAAAGGAGAUAUAAGUGUUCUCAAAAAUAAAUUUCCAUAGAAACUCAUGAAAAUAUUUGAAGUCUUUGUCUCUUUGCCAAACCAAAGGAAAAUAGGUGCUCAUUUUUAAAAUCUCAUGAGAGAUUCAUGCUAUUUUUUUUGAGAGAUGUCAAUAACUUCUGCCCUAAAGUAGCCCUUUUCCGAAAUGUUUGGUGAAGGAUAUCUUGAAGGAUGGUCGCCCACACUGUAGUUAAGGUCAACCAUACUGUAGCAUUCAAAGUCAAAGUCAUGGUGAAAUGAUCCAUGAAAAGAAACGAGGAAAUGAGCCUUCCUCCAUCUCUCUCUCUCUCUCCAUAUUAUGUUAUUUUGUUGCCAUGGAAAUCAAGGAUAUCAUGAAGAUUGCAAUGACUUCUACCCAUUGAAAAAGAUUCCACUGCCAUUGACCUGAAGAAUCCUCCACCGAAAGAGAUGUGAAUUCUUUAAAAAGCAUUCUCUUCCACUUCCUACUUCCAAUGCACUUCAGCACUGCAAAAUGAACCCAACAAUGUCCAAAACAUGCCCACUGCUUCUGUCCUUCCUCUUCUUCUUCAUCUUCUUCCUCUCUUGUUUCUGUUGUCCUGCAGAUCAAAAGCAAUCCCUUCUCCAGUUCAAAUCACUCCUCAUCACAGCCCUCACAAGUAACUAUCCCAUUGACAGUUUCACUUUGGGCCUGGAAUUCUGGAAUUCCAGUUCUGACUGUUGCCGGUGGGAUCACGUCGUGUGCGAUGAUUCUCGAUCAAGGUCGAGUACGAAGAGGAGCAUCAUCGGCCUGGAUCUCUAUUCCCUCAUUCUUCCAAACUCUGAAUCUUAUUCAGAGCCCGUGGUGGUUCCCUCCAGAGUCUUGAAACCACUGUUUCGCAUCAGAAGCUUGAUGCUGCUAGUCCUAUCUCAGAAUAACAUACAAGGUGAAAUUCCAGCGCACGGCUUUCGUAACCUCAGCCUGGUUCACCUUGAAAUGGCGCAAAACAGCUUCACUGGCCCCAUUCCUCCUGAAAUUUUCCGCUUGAGGUUUCUACAGUAUCUUGAUCUCAGCUCUAAUUUGAUCGAUGGUGUUCUAAGUCCAGAAGUGGGCUCGCUUGGGAACUUGAUGACACUGAAGUUGGAUGACAAUCUUCUUGGCGGAAAUAUCCCUGAAGAGAUUGGGAACCUUACAAAGUUGCAUCAGUUGGAUCUUUCAAGAAACAAAUUCUCUGGUGGAAUUCCAUCCACAGUUCUGCUUUUGAAGGAGUUGGAAGAAUUGAACUUGAUGAACAACUCUUUGUCACUGGAGAUUCCAGCCGACAUUGGAAGUUUAUCCAACCUUUCCAUUCUGGACUUGAGCAAGAACAAGCUGACUGGCAGAUUCCCACCAUCAAUACAGAAACUGAGCAAGUUGGAAACACUUCAGCUGGAAAGCAACUGGCUUAAGGGAGAAAUCCCAGCUCAAGUGUUCAACGUUAAGGAUAUGAAAGUCUUAUCUCUUGGAGGAAACAAUCUUACCUGGAAUAACAAUGCUGAGAUAGUGCCCAAGUGUAUGCUGUCUCGACUAUCUUUGCGGUCUUGUGGCCUUGUUGGAGAAAUCCCACGUUGGAUUUCAACGCAAACAGGUCUUGAUUUCCUGGAUUUGAGUGAGAACAAUCUUGAAGGAACAUUCCCACAAUGGCUUGCUGAAAUGGACCUCGGAAGCAUAAUUCUGUCAGAUAACAAGCUUGUGGGAACUCUUCCUGCUCGUCUAUUUCAAUCUCAAAGUUUAUCAGUCCUCGACCUCUCGCAGAACAAUUUCUCCGGGGAGCUGCCAGAAACCAUCGGAGACGCUGCAAUCAUGCUUCUUAUGUUGGCCGGAAACAAUUUUUCCGGGCCAAUUCCGAAAUCCAUCUCCCAAAUUCAUCGGCUCUUGCUGUUAGACUUGUCAAGAAAUAAAUUCUCUGGCAACACUUUCCCAGUUUUUAACCCCGACGCCUUCCUUAGUUACGUAGAUUUAUCUGACAACGAGUUCUCAGGGGAGAUUCCAGUGACCUUCCCUCAAAAGACCUCAAUGCUUGCAUUAGGAGGAAAUAAAUUCUCUGGAAGCUUGCCCUGGAACCUGACUAAUCUGAGCAAGCUCGAAUACCUUGAUCUCCAUGGCAACAAAAUCACUGGUGAGUUGCCACAGUUCCUCUCCCAAAUCUCCACCCUUCAAGUUCUAAAUCUGCGAAACAAUUCCCUUGAAGGCUCAAUCUCCAAGACCUUUUCCAACUUUACUAGCCUCCGAAUCCUCGAUCUCUCGAGCAACAACCUGGUUGGAGAAAUACCUGAACAGCUGGGAAAUCUCACUGGAAUGACUGAAACACCGACUUCCAAAUUACCAUCAACUUUUGAUUAUAUGUUCACCUUCCAGAUCGAGUUCAAUGACUUGAUCGUGAAUUGGAAAAAGUCGAAACGAGGUCUCUCAAGUCUGAGUCUUGAAAUCUACUCCUUGUUGGACCUGUCAAAAAACCAACUUUCAGGCAAAAUUCCUGCUUCUUUAGGCCACCUGAGGAGUCUAAAGCUACUCAACAUCUCAUAUAACAACCUCUCUGGCAACAUACCAGCUACUUUUGGAAAUUUGCAGAGUUUAGAGAGCUUGGAUUUGUCACACAACGUACUCUCUGGCUCAAUUCCACAAACACUAACAAACCUGCAACAACUCACAACUUUGGAUGUGAGCAACAACAAGCUCGUGGGUCAUAUUCCAGUGGGUGGCCAAAUGGACACAAUGAAUUAUCCAAAUUACUUUGCCAACAACAGUGGAUUGUGUGGAACACAAAUUGAGACGCCAUGUCCUGAUCAGAUGCCACCACCAGAGCCACAUGAAGAAGAAGAAGAAGAAGAAGAAAAAGAAAAAGAAACUAACAAAAGAUGGUUUUCCUGGGCAGCUAUGGGGAUUGGCUACCCGGUCGGAUUUUUCUGGGCAGUGGCAAUCAUGUUUUUUGCUGGCUACUUUGGCCCAGCACCACGUACAAAUCAUCGUGGCCAAACAAGGAGGGGGAUCUAUGCCAGGCUCUGGCUUCCAUGGUAAAAGUUCUGAAAUCCGUAGGAGCCUAAGGAGUAUGAAGUAAAGAAUACUAGUAACGUUCUUUCCUCAAUUACAAUGAAAGCUAGAAACAAUAAUAUUCUCGUGGAACUGCAGAAUAAAACUAAGAGCAACAUAAGUAGGCGGGCACAGAUGUCAUGUAUCUAGUAUAAUCUAGCUAAAAAGAACUUUGAAAGGCUAGAGGAUUUAAAA